GGUUAGAGAAUUUUGAAUAAGUUCGCAAAAUACUCCACGACUCUUUUGCUUUCUGUAUCUCCGGCCCCUUAAUUUAUUCCUUCAAUACUUUUGACUCUUUGAGGCGUGUGACAAUGGCAGAUGAUGAGGUGAUUUUGCUGGAUUACUGGGUUAGCAUGUUUGGGACGAGGGUCAGGAUUGCGUUGGCUGAGAAGGAGAUCAAGUAUGAGUCUUGGGAGGAGGGCUUGUUAGCCUUGGGAAACAAGAGCGAUCUGCUUCUCAAGAUGAACCCGAUUUACAAGCAGAUUCCAGUUCUAAUCCACAACGGGAAACCUGACUCGGGAGGCAGGAAGGAUGAGAAAGAGGAAGGACGCUUACGGGCCGUCCGAUUCGAUCGAGAAAUAUCCGAGAAACUUGAGACAUGUGAGGCUGUUGGCACGUGAGCAUCAGUAGUCGGCACUACCAAACGUGGGUGUGACUGUGGACUCUGGAGUUUCUAUAAAAAAAUAAAAAUAAAAAUAUUUAAAAUUAAAAAAA